AUGGCGUCUCAGAUCCCUGCACUCACACAGCCUGACACUCCAAGGAUUGACAGCGUCUUUUCGGUCCUGUCCGGCUUUCAUUCUAUGGACUCUGGUGUUCCUGGGCUCUCGAAGGUGAUUCUCGACAAGCUCAACAUGAAAGACUACGGAGAAUACAGGGCUGCCGUUGAGGGAAAGACUAAAGGAAUUGCGUUCCGCAACUACAAAGAGAUGUUCAAGAAGAUGGAGGAGACCUUUGAGUUCUGCGCCAGCUGCAACAAACUCCCAGCGCAUCUUGGCGAGGGUCAGAGCCUGAAACGCUGCGUCAAGUGCUUGAAUGUGUACUACUGCACCAAGGACUGUCAAAAAAAGGACUGGCCUCAGCAUAAAAAGGUCUGCAAGAAGCUGCGCCUGGUGGCCAUUGACAGACUCGUGGAGUGGCUGAUGUUCACUGGAGAUCUCCCGGUCCCCACUGAGAAGUGGUCCAAGUCAGCUGCUGAGGUGAGGAACUGGGACGACUGGCUUCCAAUGCAGGGGAACCUCACACCGCAAAUGGACGCCAUCAUGUCUGGAGCCAACAUGACAACACUUUGGACGAACGUUAGCAGGCCAAGGCCAGAAGACUCUGACCUGAGACAGUCUUUAUGGCGGAUUCAGAGCGAGUUCCUUUCUCGAGUUCUCGCAGUUGGAAUGGCCAUGCGACACUUUGGCCUUGACCCAUACUCUAAACCACUCACUAUUCACAUAGCAGGAGCAUCUCACACUGAGACCAUGGGAGCCAGACUGACAGACUAUGAUGAGCUGAACAACAUGUUCCCCGGGCACCAGGGCAUAGAGGUAGUCAUGGUGGGACCAGAGGUGGCGGACAGCCCCAUUGUAAGACCUCCUCUCAAGGCGUUCGGCCCAAGGCAGAGGGUCUUCAUCAGCGCCUACAAGGCCCUCUACCACCAGUUUUGGGAGGACGUGGUGGAAAAAGAGGAAGCGGCCAAGCCAGAUUUGGUGGUUGGAUUUCAUCCUGGGUUCCACGCUAACCAGGGUCAUUUAGAAGGUUGGCUGCCCACACUUCUGCUGCUCAGAGAUUAUAACAUCCCGACCUUCUACACUAUGUACAGUGAGAUGGAGCUCAAGAGCUCGCUCCAGAUCCUCUUGCAGUUGGAGAUGCACAUAAAAGACAGCGGACCCAAUCCAUUCACCUCACAGAAACCAGAGAUGGUCCAGUCUUGCCCCAACACAACCCCGGUCUACUGCAACUCUCACUACAUCUGUUUCCAGGGACUGCUGCCUCAAGAAGAGUUAGAGGGGCCUGGGUCGGACAAUUAAGAGGCCAUUCUGUGGAAAAUCAAAGGCUGUUUGGGAAGUGCAUCCCUUUAAAGGUUUUAAAAGAGGAUUUGGGAAUUUCCUGAAGUCUUUGGGGGGGACUUCCUGCAGCCUUUUAGAGCAUUUGCUAAGCUGUGGUGCCACUUUACUACUGCAAUAGUGCACCAGACACACUGAAAUAAUGAAUUACUGAGACAGAUUACAGGAAUCACUCAAAGCUUAUU